AUGAGCAGCAGUUCUGACCCGCAGUGGAGAUUCCACGACCCUACGUCCUCUAGCUCCCACACCAUCUCGCCCUCCACCUCAUCCUCCUGUACCGUCUCAAUCACCUCCGGCGCACGUACCGACUGGUGGACGACAGCGCCUGGCUCACAACCCGAGUCAUCUGCACAUCGCACCACCGGACCUGUCGUGUAUCAGUCAGUCUCCCUCCCCGACAGCGCCUCCUUCCGACUCUCCGGUAUCCUCUCGCAGCCCGGCACCGAGCGAUUCCAACAAACAACGCUCUUCAUCCAGCGCCAGCAUGCUGGCACAAGCGGUAUUCAAGGUCAGCUCUGGCUGAAAGCAGGUGUGGAGAACGAAGGAGGAAGACAGUACGUCGGUGUUGUCGCUACGAACCCGUAUUCGGACUGGAACGUUUCACCUCUAGCGAACGGAGGUGCUGGUGGAAAGCGGGUCAAGAUUGAGAUCGAGAAGACGGGUCCGGAUGUUCAUGUCUACUACACAGUCGUGGCAGGAGAUGGCAAAGAAGAGGAUGCAGAGAGGUUCUUGCUGAGAGAGAAAAAGGGGCUUGCCGUGCCAGUGGACGGAGAAGAGCACGAGGAGUGGUGGAUCGGUGCUAUGGUGUGCGGCCCUUUGAGCGAGGCUACGCAGGGAACGGUGGACGAGUGGACGUUUGACAUUCUGCCGGAAGGACAUCAGCAUUGA